AGAACGCCAGCCAUUCUGCGUGAAUCACCGUGUGAUUGAUGCGGGCCGGUGUGUUAUAACCACAUCCCUGUUGAGUCGUUGGCUGCAUCACACGGCUGUCAUGCUUAUGGUAAAGGUGGCCUGUGGAAACAUUCCGACCAGCUAACGCGGCUCGGAUCCCCGCGUCGCGUGCACGGAGCUCUCGCGACCAGCUGUGCGUCGCGGCGCUGCCUCGCGGGUGAGCGACGGCAGGAGGAUGGCACUGCGUUGGACCGUCGGUCUGUGUUCGUCCUCGGUGUUUUAUUAAGGGCUUAAUUAGCUCAUAACUAACGUUUACGGCCGACUGGCGUGGAAGCGACGUUAAGCGCGUCCGCCGUGAUUAUGGAAACUGAGUCCAGGUUUAAGGAUUUCUGAUCAGAUUGGCCCUCCAGCCGCCCAAUCAGGCGACAGCCAGGCUCAGUGAGGAGGGAGACCAGCGCCAGAGACCCCCUUACUGCACCCACACUGUCGCUCCUCACACUCCGUCCUCAGCACCAUGUCCAUCCCCAGCAGCAGCCCAGAAAGGGAGAGCUCCGCUGGCGUCCAACUGGAGUGCCCCUCGUCUCCUCCUGGCUUGGACGCGGACCCCCCAUCAACAGGCAGCCCAGUGCUCAGCCCAGACUCUUCCUCCCAUGAUGCAGUGCUGUCGGCGCCCGCAGCCUCUCCUGCGGACUCUGAGAAUCUGAGUCCAGAUGAACUGGAGCUGCUGGCCAAACUGGAGGAGCAGAACAGGUUGCUGGAGGCUGAUUCUAAGUCGAUGCGGUCCAUGAGUGGUUCGCGGCGCAACAGCGGCUCCUCGCUGGUGUCCAGCUCCUCUGCCUCCUCCAACCUGUCGCACUUGGAGGAAGAUACCUGGAUCUUAUGGGGCCGAAUUGUUAAUGAGUGGGAGGAGUGGAGACGCAAGAAGGACAAGCUUCUGAAGGAGUUGAUCAGGAAAGGUAUCCCCCAUCAUUUCCGUGCCAUCGUCUGGCAGCUGCUGGGCAACGCCACAGACAUGCCGGUGAAGAACCAGUACUCUGAGCUGCUGAAGAUGUCGUCUCCCUGUGAGAAGCUGAUCCGCCGGGACAUCGCCCGCACCUACCCGGAGCACGAGUUCUUCAAAGGCCAGGACAGCCUGGGGCAGGAAGUGCUCUUCAACGUCAUGAAGGCGUACUCCCUUGUAGACCGAGAGGUGGGUUACUGUCAGGGCAGUGCGUUCAUCGUUGGCUUGCUGCUAAUGCAGAUGCCAGAGGAGGAGGCAUUUUGUGUUUUUGUGCGACUGAUGCAGGAGUACCGUCUGAGGGAACUGUUCAAACCCAGCAUGGCCGAGCUUGGCCUCUGCAUCUACCAGUUUGAAUAUCUUCUACAGGAGCAGCUUCCAGAACUGAACAUCCAUUUCCGCUCCCAGAGUUUCCACACAUCCAUGUAUGCCUCUUCCUGGUUCCUCACCCUCUUCCUCACCUUCCUCCCUCUACCUGUCGCCACACGCAUCUUUGAUAUAUUUAUGUAUGAGGGCCUAGAGAUUAUCUUCCGUGUGGGUCUGGCCAUCCUGCAGUACAACCAAACCGACCUCAUUCAGCUCGACAUGGAGGGAAUGUCACAGCAUUUCCAGAAGGUGAUCCCCCAUCAGUUUGACAGCUGCCCCGACAAACUCAUCCUCAGGGCCUACCAGGUCAAAUACAACCCCAAGAGGAUGAAGAAACUUGAGAAAGAAUACACCACAAUUAAGAACAAAGAAAUGGAGGAGCAGAUUGAGAUAAAGAGAUUACGCACAGAAAACAGGCUGCUGAAGCAGAGGAUUGAAACACUAGAGAAGGAGAGUGCUGCUCUGGCAGACAGACUGAUACAGGGUCAGGUGACUCGAGCACAGGAAGCAGAGGAGAACUAUGUCAUCAAACGGGAGCUGGCGGUGGUGAGACAGCAGUGCAACACGGCCAGCGAGAGCCUGGAGAAAGCCCAGGAAACAAUCAGGGAGCUGCAGCAGCAGACGUACACAGAGCAGUUUGUGAACAACCUGCAGACGCAGCUGGAGCAAUCCCGGCUGCACGAGGCCGAACUGCUCGGCGCGCUGAAGGAAAUGCAAGACAAGGUGCUCGAUCUGGAGAAGAGGAGCAGCUGCCUACCUGAUGAAAACAACAUGGCCGCCCUGCAGGAAGAAGUGAAGCAGAUGAAGCUGCGGGAACUGGAGACGCUGCGGUCGUUCAGAGAGAUGCAGGACACCGUCACUGACCUCAACCAGCGCUGGCAGCAUCACAUGUCGCGCAGCACCGGCGGCGGCGGAGGCCACUGGAAGGAAUCCCCGAAGAAGAACGCGAUGAACGAGUUGCAGGACAAACUGAUGACCGUCAGAUUGAGGGAGGCCCAGGCCCAGGCUGAACUCCGGGAGGUCAAACUCAAAGCCCUGCAGCUGGACAGCCAGAACCAGAUCCACAGCAAACUGAUUGGCCGUCAUGAGCAGGAACGCUCCGCCCUGCAAGAUCGGCUCCAGAUGCUGGCCAAUCAGAACAAAGCUCUGCAGGCCCAGCUCAACGAGAUGAAGAGGAAGCAGGCGGAGUCGGACUGCAAGAGUAAAGAAGAAGUGAUGGCAGUGAGGCUAAGGGAGGCCGACAGCAUGGCUGUCAUGGCUGAACUCAGACAGAAGAUUGCUGAACUUGAGAUACAGAAGGAAGAAGGGCUGAUCAAGGGGCAGCUGAACCACUCAGACUCCAGGCAGUACAUCAGCCAGCUCCGGGACCAGAUUGCUGAGCUAAAGAAUGAGGUCAGGCAGCUGCGAGGGCAGAAGGCGGCUCCGAGCUCCCGGAUCGGCUGCGGAGGAGGAAGCACCAACUACCAGGACCUGCGCUUGGCCAGCCCCACCUCCGCCGAGGGAGACUACCUUAGCUCAGACGACGACCUCCUCAACAGCCCACUGCCCGCCACCGCCCUUUACUCCACGCUGUCCGACCCGUGUCACCAGUCGACCCGGCUCGACAGCGAAGGCAGCACGGACAGCGAGGCGGAGGAGCGGGUACAGACGCAUCCAGACCCGCAGCAGCUUUAUGGCAACAUGGUGUGCGCUGACGUGCUGGACAACUGAGACCUGGAAAGGCUUCGGUCGCUCCUUUGCAUUUUUUCCCCCCCAAGGAGAAUCCAGGGGCAACUCUUACUGUUGAUUUUCUUAAUCAGUCUGAUCCUCUUUGGCUUCCCCAGUGUUUACCGUUUGUGUGACGCAGACGUGGUGGUACCGAAUGACCGUCUUCUGCCCAUCUCCUCCUGUCGUCUCUGUUCCUGAACGUCUCGACGUCACCAGAAAGUCUUAUCCGGUGUUCCUUCAAGAAGCGGCGAUGUAAGGCCGGCCGCUCUCCAUAUCCGUGUGCCAGAAACUGCAUAUCCUUCGAAACAUAAUCACCCAACAUGCAUACAGAGAGGACUGACUGUAUCACAACUGCUGCUGCUCGCUGCUCAAGAUGUGUGGCCACAAGGAGGGGAAAGAUGGGAAGCCACAUUUCCUGAGUCUCUACGACUGAAGAUUUACUCCCAUAAUGCACUGCGUUCCCCAACUCCUCCUUCCUGGUUGGCUCAGAGUUAAAACAGCUUCAUAAUCACUUUUCUCCCUCAGAAGAUCCAUCCAUUAUUUCCGAUUUCUGUGGAAACGUUCACCCCACCCCCAACAAUAUGAAGGUUGCUGCAGAGGAACAUACACACGCCGUUCGGUUACAUAACAAGAUGGUUUUCUCAAAUAAUUCAUAUUGAAUACUCGUCUUGUCUGUGUGUAGCUUGCAGUUGCCAGGAAGCGAGCAUGUCAGUGCAGCAGUUCAUCUUCAAACCGUUUCAAAACAGCCCGCAGAAAAGCUAGAAAGUCAAAGUUGCCAAAUCGUUUUUGUUUUUUUUAUUAUUUAUAUGUUUUAACUUAUUUUGGUAUGUUUUUUUUCUUAUUUUUUUAUAUAUCUGUAUAAACUCUUAGUCAUUAUAGGGAUACCAAUAGAGGCCAAACUUUACACCGUCCUUUGUGCCAACCUGUCAUUUCUUGUGGGUUUACUGUGACACUGUUUCAGAGACAGAAAGAUGUGCUGCUAUGAUUUUGGAUUUAUCCUCUUUAGGUGUUUUUUUUUGUUUGUUUUUAGUUGUUCUAGAUCACUGCUUUACUGAAAACAUGUCACUUUUUCUUAUGUGCCACAGUUUAAAGUUGGGAGUUGCUUUGCAAAAGCAGAAAAAAAACAAUUAACUUUUUUUUUUUUUACAUUAAGCACUCAGUUUCUCUGUGAGAAAGAGAAACAGGUUUGGUCUUUAUUUCACUGUCUUUUGACAUUUGGCUGAGCAUGGAGAGUUGAUGUUUGCUUUCUCUGAAACAAAGGGCAUAUCAUGUUUAACAGGAAACACUGAAACACUGUGUAACAUUGAGUACAAAGAAUUAAUGAGGAAAAUGUCAACUUGGCUGCAUUAUUUGACAAUUUCUAACAGAUCUUUUAGAAUUAGCAAUCACAAUAGACCCAAUUAAAGUUUUUGAGUUUAACAUCUGACUUAUUAGAGGAAGAAUUUUUAACUUUUGUCUAACGGUGGUACCUUGUUUUAGUUCAUCCUAACCACUUCAGUUUCCCUGGUGAUCAGAUUUGAUUACUUUUUGAAAGAGAAGAGCUCGUUUUUUUCAUUCGGGGUCGCCAAACGUCAUUUAAAAUAUGAAUUUCAAUCCUAAAAGAAGCGUUCUGCACAAAUUGGAUAACAUAAUUAGUUUGAUAUUUUUAAAGUUUGUGCAAAUCUGUUUACUGGUCAUAAUCGUAUCAGUAAACCACUGAUACUUCCUGUUUAGAUCAGUUUCUUUUUAUUUAUGUUUCUCAGUGAUCCAAACGACAAAACCAUCAGUCACUGGUCGUAAGUCUCUCGUCAUCUACGACUGAUCAGAUUUGCAGAAUAUUGUCUCAAAUAAUUUUUUAUUUCAAUUGUAUGCCUUGGUUAUUUUUUUUAUUUUUUCAGUAGAGAAUAACUCUUUAAUAGUUUAUCCCUUUAACACAAGUGAAAGCCUUUUCUAUAUGCUUUUCUAUAUAAAGCAUAUAAAAUAUAAUGGCAGACGGCAUUUGAUUUGGUCGAACAUCAAGCCCUACAACAUGUCUGAAGUUUGUCGGUUUAGAUGCAUUCUUGUUGUGAAUAGUGCAUGUAUACAAGGACCAAAGGUGUGAAACUCACAGUAUUCGGUUUCAUCAAGAUGGUGCACAUUACACAGUCCUUUUUUUUUUUUUUUUUUUUUUUUUUUUUUUUCUGUCAUAUUUGAAAAUUUACCAACCAUCUGGGAAUUAGAUUUUAAUGCGCUAUAAGAUGUCCGAUAAUAAUUAACCAAAUUAUGUUUGGUACGCAAGAGAAACGACUGAAAAAUAUUUUUCAUAUCAAACGUAGUGUUGUUUUGUUUAAACGCAAAGUAUUACCUACAGCAUAAUUCAGAUAUUUAAAGCUAUAUCAUGUUCGGUCAGGUCUUGAGUAGUUUGAAAAACGAAUACGUUAUCAAACAGGGUGUUUUCAUAUAAAGCAGCCAUCUUUGCUUUUUUGCACUACAAAGAAAGAUUUUAAAAAAAAGGUAGAAGAUGAGUAAUUUUUGGAAAUGCAUAUAAAUUAUUUCUCAUUAUUUUCAUCUACAGAAACAGAUUUAAUAGGUGAAUGGCUUAUGUCCAACACUUCUUCAGGUGCUUUACUCUUCAGUUCAAAUUUAAAAUUAAGUUAAUAUCAGGAAAUCGAUCCUAAUCCUUGUAGUUUAUUCUGUCUCUUUAAGGGCAUCCGAUUCAAAAGCUUGUUUUCCUCUGAACAAUUUUGUUGUUGAAGCACUGAAACUAUUUUAAAAUAAGCAUCACAGCCACACUUUUGAUCAACUUAAGUUGCUCCGUUACUUCUGUUUCUUCGUUUUCCAGCGCGUUUGCAACACUUGGGUACAGAAUUCGUCCCCCGUAACGUUUUUUUACGUUGCAUUGUCCAAGUGAAACCGUGACGACAUGCAGCCCCGAUGCCAUCUCCUGCGAAAUAAGGAAACUGGAUCUUCCAGCGAUGGCCAUCAGAGCUGCAAAGAGGAUGUUGGCUUCCCCACCACACUGUUGCAAAUAACAGCCUUUUGGUGUCAACAGCUGGAUGUAGCAACUGAAAUCUCGACACUGGAAUCGGCAUCGAGAUUUUGGAUACCGUCAGGCAAAAAAGAAAUGAAUAAAUGAAACGUAUUAGCCUCUAUAUGGGGUCAGUCAUGUUAACACAAUUGGUGAUGAGUGGAGAAUACAACAGCUGGCUACAAAUGCUAAAGGGCAAUUUCACUCUUUUUGUUUUGGACUGCGUUGGUUCAAAACCUGAAUGCUCAAACCUGAACUGUAUUUUAUGGUCUCAUAAUUAAUCUUUAAAGUUGAUUUCAAAAGGAGCCAAAAGGGUAAGAAUAAAUAAAUUAAUCAAAUGUUGAACUUGCAGGGAAAUUACUGAGGAAACGUCCAACAUCGGUGAUGGUGCUCCGUUCUCACCACUGUCUCUCAACCCAACUAGAUCCAACUGUGAUUACUUUUUUUAUUAUUUGUAAAUUAGUUUUAAUAUGGUAGCAUUAACCUUCAGUGUCAUAACUUUGACUUGUUAGCAGUACUACAGUAUGUGAGAAAAUGAUCAAACGUGCCAUAAAGGUUGGGAGAUUAUCUCAUUAUGUCGCCAUUUUGACUGGAAUUCAAAGCUGUUUUACAUGGGACUCACUGUGUUACUCCAGGUUUACCAUCUUGGAUUAAAAAGAAAAGUUUUUGUUUCGGAUCGCCUGAUCUGGGAUUCCUCUCAUCUCUGUACUGUAUGUGACUGCUGUUUCAUACCCACAGCAUUCAGCCGCUCAUGCAGUUCAACUCAUGUUGUCAGACACAUUAUUAUUAUACGACAGUAAAAAUGGUAUGGAUUUCAGUAUGAUGGGGAUAAAUACAUUUCAGUGUCCUGUAUCCUAUGAAUGAUGCAAAAUAAACUUUGACAUUGCACCUUU